AGAAAAGAAAAACCCUAAAUAAAUACAAAGCUUCCAAUUUUGAAUUUAGGGACAACGCUCUGACUCAGACCAACAAUCGAUCCAUCCACUCAUCCAUGAAACAGAGGGUUGCUGGACAAGGAAUCCCCCACCCCUAAAACCCCCGUUCGAAUUUCGGUUAUGCUUUUCUGAUAAUUCUGAUUCUUGACCUUUACCUUCUUCUAUUUUUCAAUUCCUUGAUUUCUGUCGAAAAUGGAUCCAGAGCAGACAUUUAUAAGGGUGCAGGAGCGAUUUUCUGAGAUGCUGACCCAAAAAAUCAGAGCCAAGCUCGAGUACUUUUUCCUAUUCCUCGCCAUUACCCUCUUCUGUAUUCUCGUUGUCAUGCACGCCAAUUACGUUCAGCAGCCUGGCUGUUCGAGUGAGUUCUCUAGUGGCCAAAUGUCCGAUGCCCAACUUAUUCAGAUAAAGAUCACUAGUGCUGGCUUGUGGUCUCAAAAUGAAUCCGUGGUUGAUGCAGUAGAUGCCCAUGAUACAGGAACUGACACUGAAAUCGAAAAAUACAUCAAUGUGGAUGAAGAUGGUUCACCUCAUUCGGCUUCAAAGUUGGGGUUCAGCUGGAUAAUUCCUGACAUGAAGAGAGUGAAAUCUCCGUUAGAAUUUUGGAAAACUGAGAAUGAUGUUUUGGAAUCUGAGAGAGAAGGGUCUAUCAACAGUGAAAGAUUCAAGCCAUCAUCUGAUGACGUGACAGGGAAAGCCGCUAAAGAUACUAGUUUCUACUCGCCCAGAGAAUCUCUUAGAGCAGCAAUAAUUCAUAUUGGCAAAAAGUGGCACGGCCGUUUAUCUUUCUUUCUGAGAUUAGCAAGGCGAAUUCUUGGAGGUUUAUGGGAUAUUGCUGGUAUACAUUUGAAUUUCGACAUCCCCAAGUGGCUUAAAAUCUUACAUUUGGACAGGAUCAAUGGCUAUGCAGUGCAGUGGCUUGAGAAGAGAAGCAAAGCAUUCGAACCAGCUUAUUUAUAUACCAUGGAGAAGGGUUAUUUCUUGUUGCCUGAAGAAGCCAGAUCAAGACAUAACAUUCAAACCAUUAAUAUCAGCAUUUCAGCUCGACACAGUUGCUUUGGCAACCGGUGGCAGCAGCUGUUGAUAAACAGGCUUGUAGGGUAUGACACUAUUUUGAUGAAUAGUUUGUUGAGUUCUCCGGGCCAAGGUUACCUUUAUAAUUACCAAACAAAGGAGUUCUAUAAUCUUACCUAUGCUCACCAGCAACCAGAAAGUUCUGCAAAAUUUGGAGACUAUCUUGUGACCAAGUGCGGCGUAUUGAUGAUGUCACUUUUUGUUUUCUUCACAACAACAAUGUCAGUUUCAUUUACAUUGAGGGAGACACAAACGCGUAUGCUGAAGUUUACAGUGCAGCUCCAGCAUCAUGCUCGACAUAGGCUUCCAACAUUUCAAUUGAUUUUUGUGCAUGUAAUUGAGUCACUUGUUUUUGUGCCGAUAAUGAUUGGAAUCCUAUUUUUCCUCUUCGAGUUUUAUGAUGAUCAGCUAUUGGCGUUUAUGGUUUUAAUACUUGUUUGGAUCUGUGAACUGUUCACGCUCAUCAGUGUACGAACACCAAUAUCUAUGAAGUUCUUCCCUCGCUUCUUUUUACUCUACUUUCUAGUGUUCCACAUAUACUUUUUCUCCUAUACAUACGGCUUUUCUUAUUUGGCUCUCUCGACCUCUGCAGCAUUUAUGCAACACCUUGUACUCUAUUUCUGGAACAGAUUUGAGGUUCCGGCUCUACAGAGGUUUAUGCAAAAUCGUCGUUUUCAACAGCAUCCAGAUUUUCACAUUACAUCGUCAACAAUUCUGGCAUCAACAUUACGCAUCACAAGAUUAAACACAAGAAACACAGGAGGUGGAGGGGCUGUAAAUGCAGCAGAUAUGGCAGCCUUUGGACCAGUUCUCCGAGCUGGAGUUGAUAAUGGAGGAAUACCGAGAAAUGGUGCAACUGCAACUGGAGAACAACCUAAUAAUAUUAUUAAUGAGAAUAAUCAUCCAGACAGGUUAGGCAAUCCUCUUGAUAUUGGAGGAGGGCAACCUCAGCCCGAGGGUGGUGGAGCCGCCAAUCCAGGUGCUGUGAGUUCAUUCAGUUCACUCUUGUUGUGGAUACUCGGUGGAGCUUCUUCAGAAAGCCUCAACUCGUUUCUCUCAAUAUUUCGAGAUUUUAGAGAUCAUGGUCAAGUUUAUGCCGAACCUCCACAGCAAGAAAAUCACGCACCACCACAGAACAGUGGAUAAUGUUGUCUGAAAUAUUUUGACUAGGGCAGGUAUCCUUCUUCAAUGUCUACUUAGUUCUGUUUUGUUCAAGUUAUAAAGGAUUUUGUCCAGAGAGAGGGAACUGAAGGAUGAAGGCUUGUCUGCUUAAUAAUCGGCCACAAUACCUGUUAGAGAAAUAUGUUAUUGUUUUUUACUGUAAAUUGUUCGUAUGUGAGAGCGCAAUAACUUGUACAUAAACAAGUAAAAAGUAAGAGAGAUGGCUUCUGUAAGUAACAAAAAUGAAAAAACUAUCACAAAUGCACAAGUUAUCGGUUCUGUUGUGUGCAGUAACUUGAUUCAUAGAUGUUGAAGAAUUGUUCGACUUUCUUCACCGGUGUGUGUGUUUUGGUACUAAUGGAAUGAAGUU